ACUAUAAUGACACAUGACAGUGACUCUCGGAUCGUUGUUUUAGAGGAGCAGGUGAAGACUUUAUCAGAUGAGCUUACACAGUGCCAGGCGGAUAAGGAGUUUGUGUGGUCCCUAUGGAAACGUCUACAAGUGGCCAAUCCGGACUUGGCCCAGGCUGUCAGUUUGGUGGUGGAGCGAGAAAAGCACAAGGCUGAGAUGAAGGACAGGAAGGUGCUGGAGAUCCUGCAGUCCAAGGACUUCAGAAUCCAAGAGCUGGAGCAGAAGGUAGCGGUGCAGCAACAGGAGCUGAGCAGCCUCGUACAGAAGGGUCUGACAGCGGAGGAGAGCGCUGUAAUGAAGAACCAAGUCACAGCUCUGCAAGAACAACUGGAUGCCCAUAGCCAGGAGCUCAUGGAAAUGAAGAGCGAGUGUAAAAGGCAGAGGGAGGAGGAUCAGCGGGUGGUGCACGCUCUGGAGGAGAAGAAAGAGGGAUUAGAGACCUGCUGUGCUGCCCUGCGAGCUGACCUAGAGGAGAGGGAGAGACAAGCCAGCGCCCAAUGGGAGCACAGGGACUCUGCCCAGGAAAAAGUCAAGGAGCUGGAGGCGGAGCUGCACAGGACCUGGCAGGAGCUCUCCACCUUGCAGAGCCACAGCGGCAGUUUGGCAGCCCAGCUCUCUGCCAAAGACCGGGAACUGAUGACAAAAGAGGCCCAACUCACUCAAAUCCGGAAAGAAUGUGCAGAAGUGCAGGCCCUGUACAGACAAAGUGCAGAGCAUGCGGCGGAUCAAAGUCACCUGAUCCGACAACUAGAGGGCCUCAACCUGGACACACAGCGAGUCAUGCGGAACCAAGAGGAGGCGCACAAUGCAGAUGCUACUUCUUAUCAAAUGUUGUACACAAAGCUGAGCCAGAGCUACCAGGCCCUUGUCUCCAGUGAGGCCCAGCUCCGACAGAAUCACCAGGAGCUCAGUGACCAGUUAGCUCAGAAAGACCAGCAGCUCCACCAAAUACAGUCCCAGAUACUACAACUGCAGCAAGCCCAGACUGCACCACAGCUCCCCCCACAAACUCCACACACCGUUCCUUCUCCCAACAGGCAGACCAACUUUAAGGCAGCUCUAUCUGAGUCGGCUCUGAGACGUAGCUUCAGCUCGGAGCAGGUGUCUGCUCACGAGUUUGACCCAGGGGAGCAGGAGAGGACCCUCAGACACCAUUCCAGCAGAUCUGUCACAAGACACAAGCGCUCCCGCUCGCUGUCCCCAGCCGGCAGUGUGGAGCUGAGAGGAGGCAGAAGACAAGAUGCAGAGGAGAGUAUCCAGGCACUGGAGGAGCUGCUGCAGCUAAAGAUUGAAGAGAAUGAGGAGUUGAGGAAGGCCCACGAUAACCGCCGUGAACGUCUACGUCUCGUUCAGAGCAACUACAGGACAGUGAGAGACCAGCUGAAAGAACUGGAGAAGGCCAAUGGCAUUGGCCGAAAGAGCCAGCGUGCAGAACCCUGGCAGCUGAGACAAGAGGACAGUGAUGCAGUGUGGAAUGAACUGGCUUAUCUAAAAAACCUCACCAGGAAACUCUCUCUGGAGAAGGCGGGUCUUGAAGAGGAGCUGGACAUGUUGCGAGUGCAGGCAGCUAUGGACCGGGCCACAGUAAAGGAGGUCCGACUACGUCUUGCUAGUGAACAUAAAGAAUUGCUUCACAAAGUGGUGAAGGAGCGGCAGGUCAAGAGCAGCACUCCGAAAAAGCAUUCUGUGUCUUUGGAGCGCUUGGAAGAGUCAUUUAAAAAGAUUGAGCUGCUGGAACAGAGGAUGGUGUCCCUAGAGGGGGAGACGGAGCGACUGAGGGAAGAGAAGGAACAGUUACAUGAGGCCAAUGAGGAGCUGGCUCAUAAGUGUUCCAGACUGCAGGCCUCUCUGGACCAGUGUCGAGCCCAGGACACUGCUCGCUCUGAGGCGGCACAGGCUCAGGCUCUGUUGCAGGCAGAAAGGCACCGCUCUGAGAUCCUGGCUGUAGAAGGCCGUCUGGCUGCCUCCCAGAAAGAGGCUACUCAGCUCCAUUCCAAGCUGCUCAAGCUGAGGCAGGAGCUGGGGAUUCUGCGUGCAGCCAGGGACUUCUAUAGGCACCGCGCAGCAGGGCCAAUGCGGGCUGCCGGGAUUACUAACAACAUUAACAGCAAGGUCAAAUUCAAAACAAGUCGACUCCGAGGUCCGCUCCACCAAUACAGCCACCCAAGAGCCAGCCCCAAUCAAGCCAUCAGCUGGCACCACCGCAGCCCCAGUCCCUCUAAGGAUGAGUGGGAGGACAUGAGCGCAGAUAGUGACAGUGGAGAUGAAUACUCGGACAGCCUCAACAGUGUGACGUCGAGGAGUGAGUUUAGAAGGAGACGUGUACACAGAAAGUCUUACAGGCCCGCACAGAUUUCAAAGACUAAAGAGCCGCCUGUAAACUCCUCCAGAAACAGACUCCUAAACCAAGAUGAUGAACAGUGUGAGUCCUGGGAACGGGGAGGAGAGAACAGGAGGUGGAGGAGACGGAGGCAGAAGACACAGCUCUGCCCCUCCUCUUCUCUGCAGCAGCGCAUUCAGUCCCUACAGCGUCACAACGACACGCUGAGAAGAGCCAGAGAGGAGGCCCUGGUGACGGCCCGAGAGCUGCGUGCCGCCAAUGAGAAGAUAACCGAGCAAGUCAACUCCCUCGCUGAGAGGCUGAGCAGCAGCAAGCAGAUCACACAGAAGCUGACCUCUGACCUGGCUGGAGUAGAGCAACAGAAGAAAGUUCUGGAGAUGGAGCUGGCGCAGUGGAGGCAGGUAUCUCUCCCCCCAAAACCCGCACCUGCCGCACCCGCCGCACCCGUGUGCUUCUGCCAGGGCCGACCGUGCCCACCUGACCCUGCCCUGCCCGCUCUGGAGGCUGAGGUCAAACUACUUCAAGUAAAGCUCAAGAGCUCAAGUUCAGAGGUCACGAGGCAGGUGGCAGCUAACAAAGCCCUGCGAGGCCAGCUCCAGGAGAAGGAGGACAAGCUUCGCCAACUACAGGACAAAGCAGCCCAUGUAGAACGAGACGUAAACAUGAAACGACAGCUCGUGGAGGACCUGAAAACAAGACUGAAGUUUUUACAAGACAUGGAGGGAAGUUACCGUGGGCAGGUGGAAGAGCUGGAUAAGAAGGUGAAGACUUUAACAGAGGAAGCCACCAAUCGGAAAGCCCUUAUUGAAUCCCUGAGGAGACGACUGAAUGUGGCGACGACAGAGAAGAGCCAGUAUGAGGCCUCCUGCACUAAGCUUAAGGAAGAACUGGAGAAAAAGGAGCAGCGUGUCCUUGCCUUACAGGCCCGAGUGGGAGCUGGUGAGCAGGCUCUGGUUGCUCUGGAGAAGACGGCCACAGAACAAAUGGAGGGGUUGACCCAGCAGAGCUCCCAGGCCCUGGACAGGCUCCAGAGGCAGUUAGCCCAGGCCUACUCCCAGCUAGAGCAGCUCCACAUGUUCAUCAAGGCCCUGGCCAGUGAGAUACUUUUAGACGUCAGUGAGGUCAAGCAGCAGCUGAUGAAGAAGAGGAGGAGGCAGAAGCAGAGCAGCACUGUGGCAGCAAAGGCCGGCCUCUCAGCUAAGAGCAUGAUCAAAGCUAAGAGCAUCGCAGCCUCUAUCCUCAAUAUGUCCGAGAACGAUCUGGCCGACAUAAUGGACAGUGAUCAGGAGACAGCAGCGUAUCCAAUGGGUCCUGGAGAUCAGCAGUGGAUGGAUCAGUUGCAUCACAUACUUCAACAGAAGAUCCCCUCUGCCGCUCAACUAAUGGAGGCUGUGCGCGUGAAGAUGAAGGAGAGGAAAGUGCUGACAGAAGAGCUGGCCGCGCUCGCCACACCAGUCAGCGAAAACUACUGACUCCCUGGACUGAAGCUGGGAAAACUGUCAUCCGCCCUCCCCCCAUCUCUCUCUCCCCUCCUCUAUCACCCCCCUCUCUCCUCUCCUCUCUCGCCCUUACUCUCUUUU